UUCAGAGCGUAUUAUUUCCGUAUCAUUUCCUGCGUCUCUACAACAGUCACUCUAUAGGAACUCCAUAGAGGAGGUCAUCCGCUUCCUUGACACCAAACACUCUGAUCAUUAUUUAGUGUGCAACCUUUGCAGCGAGGAGUCUUUUGACCCGCAGCACACUCAUGACCGAAUGCGCUGGAUUAAGAUCGAAGAUCCCUUUGUCCCUACCCUUAAGGAGAUGAUUCUGUUAUCCAAACAAGUCAUUGACUGGUUGGCCAUGAAUGCUCAGAAUGUCAUUGUGAUUCACUGUAAAGGAGGCAAAGGGAGAACAGAGACAAUGAUUUACACUUGCCUUAUUGCAACUGGAAUGUUUUUAACCACGAAGGAAACUAUUGAUCCCUCUGGAGAACAAAGAUAUACGACUUACACGAAUGAAUUUCAAAAGAUUGCAAUUCCAUCACAACAUCGUUAUGUGGAAUAUUUCAAAAUUGUAAAAAAUGUGUUUCACGGGAAUUUACCACCAAAGAGAAGGCUUAAAAUUGAAAGAAUUGUAGUCCAUUCACUUCACGGGGUCGGACGAGGAGAUGCAACAGAUCUAAAAAUAGACAUCAUAAUGCAGUGUAAGACUGUGUUUACUUGCACAUCAGAAACCUGCAUGUUAUUGCAUGAUCUAAAAAGGAAUAUGGCCAUAUUUCUUCUGUCAGAUUGCCCAGAAUUGUGUGAUGAUAUAAAAAUCAAGUUUUUUUCACCUAACCUUCCAAAAUACAAUCAGAGCUGUGCUUUCUUUUUGUGCUUCCACACCUCAUUUAUAAAGAAUAAUCGGCUUUACCUAACGCGUAAUGAACUGGAUAAUCUUCAUAAACCAAAAAUAUGUGGGUUUUAUCCCACUGAUUUUGCUGUAGAGAUCAACUUCGAAGAGUAG